AUGGUUCACGCAGAUUCCGCCCUCCUCCCUUCGGGCCUCAAGAGCAAGAGCGACUUCUAUACCCACCUGCAGACACAGCUGAGCUCUCUGCUGAGUGGACAGCGCUCCUGGGUCACAAACCUGAGCAACGCCUCUUCCAUCCUCUACCAUUCGUUGAACGCUUGGCGAGGCGCAAAGCAUGAUGGCGACGUAACGGGGGGUAAGCAGUUAAAUUGGGCUGGCUUCUAUCUUCUGUCAGGCCUCUUGCCAGAGGCGGGAAGACAGGAAUUGUUGACCAUCAAGAAGAAGAAGGUCCCCACACUGGUCCUGGGCCCGUUCCACGGUAUGCCAGCUUGUCAGGCCAUCCCGUCCAUCCCGGGCAAGGGGGUGUGCGCAGACGGCAGCUCACUGAUACCACCAAGAGCGAUUCGUGUUGACGAUUGCGACGCAUACCCCGGCCACAUAGCCUGCGACUCGCUCUCGCGCUCAGAGCUCGUCAUCCCGCUUGUGGUACCGCUCUCCAAGCUCUCACAUCGCGAACUCGUCCAGCGCGCUCGUCAGCAGCCCGACUCAGAGGAUGAAGCCGUGACAGCUUGGUCGGGUCGUGGGGACGGGGAUGAAAUCAUUGUGGGGCUGCUGGAUAUAGACUGUGUAGAUGAGAGGGGUUUCGAUGAUGAGGAUCAAAAGGGUUUGGAGGAGUGUGUGAGGAUCAUUCAAGAGAGCUGUGAUUGGUAG